GACGAAAUCACAGCUUCCGAGGUGCUGUACGUGCAGACAUCGUUGCCGUCAGCGUGUCAGCUCAAUGUCGGAUUCAUCGCCGCCGUCCACUUGGUUGUCAUGUGUGUCGUCUGUGGCGAAGACCGUGGCUCUCGCAGGCGGCGGGGCGGCGGUUGUGUUGGUUGGCGCCAGUGCAGCACGCUUCGCUGUCAUCUACGGGUGCUACUGGUGGAACAGGAGGCGCUAUGAUCUGGAGAAGCUGGGCCCGACCUGGGGCAGCAGAGCGAUGCCGAUUUUUGAUAUCUUCAGCCCAGAGGGCAAGAUGGACGACUGGAUAGAAGAGCAGUGCAGGUGGGAAGCAAAAGACAGCAGCCACGCGCAGGCAGGCAGGCAGGCAGGCAGGCAGAGAAGCAGCACGCAAAGAGUUUUAUCUGGUGUGUGCGUUGUUGACUGGUUUGCGCAGAGAUCCGGCUAAGCCGGACCGCUUCAGGACGGUCAGAAGCACGAUUGAUGCCUGGACGUGUGUGGGUGAUGCCCGUGUUGUGUUGUGUUGCGUUGUGUGCAGGUGGUGAACAUGGGUCCGUUUGUGGACGGCAGCCAGAUAGUGCUCGUCAACGACGCCGAUGCCAUCGCCACCGCCCUCGAGAACCCCGCAUCAUUCCCCAAAGUGCCCAUGUCCCUCGACGGCCUCAAGGCGCUCAUCGGGGAGGGGUAACUAGCUAGGCAAGCAACCACAGUCACAAAGCCAUCCUAAGGAUGUGUGUGCGUGCAGGCUGGCGACAUCUGAGGGCGAGUUGUGGCACCGGAACAGAAAGCUUCUAACCCCCCUGUGAGUUCCACUCCACUGGGACCAUCCAUCCAUCGGCGGCUGGACGUGUGAUUGCUUGAAAACCAUGGCCAUCCAUUCAUCCAUCCGCAGGUUCCAUUUCGCUGCUCUCCGUGAGGCCUUCCCCUGUAUCAUCGACAACACCGUGGCCUUCUGCGACCGGAUGGAACAGCAGAUCGAUGCCAGCCCCAACAAGCAGGCGAUCGUCACGCGGAUCCCGUUCAAGUGAGCCAGCCAGCCAGCUCCUUCGUUUGCCCUUUCUAUCCUGUGCCGUUGGCUCGGGCAUGGCAUCAUUAUAUUCAGUGAUCUGGCCUUGCGUAUCGUGAUUGACAACGCCUUCUCUGGGGAGUUCGACCCACACUGGAUGGAAGACGCCUGGACAGUGGCGGUCAGGAGGGCAAUGGACUGCCAAAUGAUCUCAUUCCUACUAGGUGGGCUGGGCUGAUCCGCGGUGGAGUGGGCAAAGGAAGGUGCACAUCGAUCGCAGAGAGGAGCCCUGUGAGUCUCUCUUUCGUUUGUUCAGGUCCGUUGGGCCGCUUCAUCUCGCGUCAGUACGUGCAUCUGAAGGUUGGGCAGAUCAGCGACAAGAUCAAGGGUGUGGUGCACAAGAGGAAACAGCUGGCAGCAGAGGCAUCCCCGAAGCCCAGCAGCCGGCGGGACCUGGUGUCGCUGCUGAUGGACACUGAGGGAAUGGCGGACCAACAGAGAGUCGACGAAUCGCUCACCUUCUUAUUCGGUCAGUCAGUGAGUAGCUGGAGGCAGGCAGAGAGGGCGAGGCGACAACAUCCAUUCGGAGCUCAUGGUGUUGUGCAUGUUGUGACAUGACAGCGGGUCACGACACCACCUCCAACCUGAUCGGCUGGGCGCUGUAUCUCCUCUCCAAACACCCUGACAAACAGGUCAACCACACACACGACGUGCACCAGCCCGUCUCUCUCGCUCAUGUGUUGGCCGUCUGUGGCUUGAUUCGUUCGUCACGCAUGCAGCGAUUGGGCCAGGCUGAGGCCGACUUGGUGCUGGGCGGUCGCGCCGUCGAGCAGGCCGACCUGCCGAAGCUGCAGUACACCAAAUGGAUCAUCAAGGAAACACUCAGGUACCUUUCUACCUCAGCCAGGCGACGCCCAGCCACGAGCCUUCGUGCCAUUGUUGACUGAUGCCCCCAGGAUGAAGCCUCCGGUGAUGCUGCUCGACCGCCUCUGCCGAGAGGAGCUGAAGGUGGCCGACGUCACACUGCCAAAGGGUACGAGGGAACCGGCCACGCGCUAGCAGUGGGUGUGGGUCUGUUUCCAUGUCUUGUUCGCUCGCUCUGUGUGUGCGUGCGAGCAGGCACGAUAGUGUGGCUGGGGUUCUUCUUCGUGGCCAACGACGAGCGGCACUUCGACUCGCCCAAUGUGUUCAUGCCCGAGAGGUGGGACGAGACCACCGACACACAGACGGGCGCUAACGCCAGACACCCCUACGCAUACACGCCAUUCUCCGCCGGUGAGUGGAGUGAGUGAGGGAAAUGAACAAAUGGAUGAGGAGCCGCACCAUUGAGCCACUCACUGUCGGUGUAUGUAUUUCCUUCUCCUGCCGGCCCACCAUGCCAUGCAGGCCCGAGAAACUGCAUCGGUACUGAACCAGAGAGACACACAUGCACACACAACACGUGUGUGAUGUGUGCGUGUGUGUGAGUGUGGUACAGGUCAGAAAUUCGCCCUUAUGGAGGUGCAGGUGGUGUUGGCGAGCAUCCUGCAGCGGUUCCACGUGUCACUCGCCGGCCAAGACCGCGUGACGCGGGUGCUACAGGGCACCACAGCGCCAAUGAACCUCAUGCUCAGGCUCACCAAGCGAUAGACAGACAGAGUGGCGUAGAUUGAAUGGGUUGGACUUAGUGAGGGAACGACGCUCAAUGAGCGCCGUGCUCUAGUGAGGUGUCGGGUGUAGCAAGUGGGGUUGGUGAGUGGUGCGUGUAGCCAUGCAUGGUGCGUGUUACAUGUACAAUGGAGAUUGGUGGCUGAUUCUCUGGUUGGAUGAACCCACUCACUCCACUCGCUCACAUAGAGAUUCAGGGUAGGUCCAUACGGAGGGAGUCAGUGAGUGACACGACACACACACAACACGCAUCUCAGUAGUAGGUAGUAUGGGCUGGCUGGCUGGGUGAGAGAGAGGGGAGUGAAGAGCUGAAUCACUGACGAUCGAUCGACGGGAGGGAGCUACAAGUAAGCUGCGCCAAACAAGAAGCUAAGAUCAUGUCAUGGAUGGAUGGAUGGAUGGAUGCCCCCGCCACCCAGAGGCCUGCCUCGUCCUUUUGCAUUGAAAAUUGGAUGCCUGAUCUGAUCGCAUAUUAUCUGGAUCUAUCGUGGGGACACAUGUGUGAGGUAGGUUGGAGGAUAACGCACUCACUCAUCAUCCCAGAACUGCACGUGACGUGUGUGUGAGUGAUUGGUGUCAUCACUCACCCCAUGUCGCGCACAGACAGCCCGGGGAC